GGCUCAUUCGCUUCCAUGGAUUCCGCACUGCGCGGUACCUUCCGCCGCCGCCUCCUACUUUUCUCUCCGGUCUCCUCCGCUUCACCCGCCGUGGUCAAGGUUCUCUUUCCUGACAAUUUCUCGCCGGUCUCCAACCUCCGCCUCACCAUGGAGCAGCUGGGACGCGGCCAACAUGAAAAAGCUGAGCAUGAUCUAGGAAACAAGAAUACUAGUAGUUUACAAAGAACUGUGUCAUCGGAAUCGACAGACUCAGGUUGUGCUUUGGAUUCACCUGUUCCUGCAUCCUCAAAUGAUAUCAUGGAGGAAACGUUUGAGAAAGCAAUUCUUGAAUCCAGCAGACUGAACGUUCGGAUGCCUUUCAGAAGAAUCCAUUCUCUGCCACAAAGCCUCCUGGGAUCCAGUCCUGCUCUGAAGAGAAACCUUUCUGAUUCCCUGGAUGACGAUGCUUUUCAACUGUUGGAACAAGAUGAAAAGGAGAAUGAACCAUUUGAGUUUAAGAAGCCAACCAAACCAGCUUCUCGUUCUUCUGUGCAUGUGCAUUCCCCUGCUGGAAAUGGUGUUCCUGGACCAAGGCAGAAUUCAUCUCCAGCUCAGAUAUUUCCCAUGGGUGAAACACCCAAGGGUAGAAAGGAACACUGCAGCCCAGUUUUCCUGCAGAAGUCUUCUCUGACUUCCUCUGAAAGUGAAGAUGAUGAUGGAUUCCUGGAGUUGUUAGAUGACCAAGAUUUGAAGAACGAUGAGGAGAUGCCAUCUGAUGUGGCAAGCCUCUGGACUGCACCACUAGUCAUGAGGAGGAUGGACAAUCGGGCCAAACGAUGCCAGCUGUUUGGCUCUUCAUCUCUGCCUAGUGGUGUAGGAAGAACCACCCAGAAAAGGAUGGAAAGAUCCCAGGAAGAGAACACUCCAGGGAAAAACAAGAGGAGGAAAAGCCUGACUGAAACAGCUUCUGAGGACUCAACGAAUCUGGAAAUGGUGAAGACACAAUGCUCCACAGCAGAGAUCGAAAACAUUUUGGAUGGUGACCAGGCAGACCUUAUUGGUGACUUCUCAAAGAGUUAUUUAUUCCGCACUGUUGAUGGGAAACAUCAGGACUUGAAAUAUAUCGACUCAGAAAUGAUGGUGUCUGUGCUGACUGGGAAGUUUGCAGACUUCAUCAAGGAAUGUGUGAUAAUUGAUUGCAGAUACCCAUAUGAGUAUGAAGGAGGACACAUCAAGGGUGCUAUAAACUUACAUAUGGAAGAGGAUGUGGAAAACUAUUUGCUUAAGAAGCCAAUCAAGCCAUCGGAUAACAAACGAGUGAUAAUAGUAUUUCACUGCGAGUUUUCUUCGGAGCGGGGUCCUCGAAUGUGCCGGUUUGUGAGAGAGCGGGACAGGCUGGGUAACGAAUACCCCAACCUCCAUUACCCAGAACUGUACAUCCUGAAAGGGGGUUACAGGGACUUCUUCUCAAGAUGCCGUAGUUUCUGCGAGCCCCAGAGCUAUCGCCCCAUGCACCAUGAGGACUUUAAAGAAGACUUGAAAAGAUUCCGCACCAAAAGCCGAACCUGGGCUGGCGAGAAGAGCAAAAGGGAACUGUACAGUCGCCUGAAGAAGCUCUAAAGGCUGAACUGAACUUACUGCAAAGACUGCCUGUUCGGGGGGGGAAGCUGCAGCAGGAGGGAGAAGAGUCUGUUCCUGGCUUGUAAUGAUCAGGCACUGGCUCUUUCCUCAUCUGUCAUCUCACUGGGAACACCCUGGAACUUGGGGCUGCAGGCUUGAACCCAGCAACUGGGAUGCUGUCUGGGAGCUGAUUCUGAUGACUAUUCUCAUUACACUCCAUUUUGGAAAUGGCUUCUUGUGUUCUGCAGCAUCCACAAAGUUCAACAUCCUGCCCAGGGAGGGGUGGGGAGGCUGCUAAGUGCCAUGCACGUGGGCUACGUGCUAUAAGCAGGGAAAGUAUUUUAGUGCCUGUUGGGAUUUAUUUUGUUUGUUUUAAUGCUUUAUUUUUAUUUAAAUACAGUCAAAUGAAGCUAAUGCUGCUGCAGUUGAAUCCUAUGAAUUGUACUUGCACUGUGUUUCUGCUAAAGGGCAGCCUGCUCGUGGGGGGUGUUAAUUUUCUCGGCUGCAGCUUUGAUUCCGUGGUUUUCUAGUGUAAUGCGUCGUGGUGAAGAAAAAAUGGGAAAUGGUUCAUUACAGGUAGAGGUUCCCAGGUCACUGAACUCCUGUGUUCUGCUCUGGAAGCCUCAUAGACAGUCUAAGGGAAAAUUUCUUAUUGUACUUAAAUAUGUUCACCUCCCUUUCUUAGAUUGCUUUAUUUCAUAGCAAUUUGAAUUGGCUGCUCCUUUAGUUCUAGUGCUGGUCUUUCAAAGUAGGAAGAAAUUCUGGGAGCUGAGGUGUCUCGUGUGAUCCCAGGAGGGCCAGGUCCUGAAGCUGUUCCCAGGAUUCCCGGCAGCAGCAAUUUACUGUGGCUGCUCCCACUGAGGCUGUGUAUUAUUAUCAUGAACCGGGUCCAGAAAAGAGCUCAGCUGUGAGGAGCCAUGCUAAUGAUCCUGCUCUGGGAGGCUGCUCUGAAACCACUCUGCUUUGACUUCAGCUGCUUCUCCAGUAGCAGAAGAACCUUCUGCUGGGAAAGGCAGGAAAUAGAAUUGGUUCCUAACGGAACAGUGUGUUGUACCCUGUAGCUGAGCCCUACAAAGUGAAGCAGGAACACAUGCUUCUAUGGCACAACAGUGCCUGAACAGCUUUGCUGCUGCUUUUGGUGAACGAGUGGUUUCGGGGUAAGGCCAGCUGCUUGCUGCAGCAAUGCUGUGAUGAUUACUGUAGCUUAUCUUCCUCACACAUGAACUUCUUGGUAGAAGUGAUGCUCCUGAGGCCUGGCACACAGCCUAGGAGCAGCCACGCAUCCAGGAAGCUCAUGGCUCUUUAGCAGAAAUCCAUGCUUUGCACAGCUUGGCUUGCUCCCCACACGUGAGUCCUGUAUUUGUACCUGUGUCAAAAAAAAAUACUGAAAUGGAGGUGACUUGUGUGGAAUUUUAACUUGAUUUUUUUAAAACUCCUUUUUAAAACUCUGCUGUUAACCUUGAGGGCUGCACGGAUGAACCAUGAACUUUCUCAUUUAAAAAAAAAUAAAUUGGAUUUUGCUGCCUUCCCUCAAAACUGAUGACCUGGAAGGGGGAGGAGAUGCAAUGCAGAAUUAUAAGGGUGAUGGCCACAUCUCACCUGGAAAAUCUGAACGCCUGGAAGAAGCUGGGAGGUGCAAAGGGCCUGUGUGGUGGGGGGAGGCUGGCUG